AUGGGGGAUCUCCACUACUUUCUCGGCAUCGCGGUAACCCGCACUUCCUCCGGGAUGUUCUUAUCCCAGCAGAAGUACGCCGCUGAGAUUCUGGAUCGCGCUGGCAUGACAGCGUGCAUGUCCUCAUCGACCCCGAUCGACACCGCGCCCAAGCUCGCCUCCCCCGCUGGCUCCCCCGUCGCCGAUCCUACGAAGUAUCGCAGCCUUGCCGGUGCUUUACAGUACUUGACGUUCACACGUCCCGACAUCGCAUACGCCGUGCAGCAAAUCUAUCUUCACAUGCACGAUCCGCGAGACCAGCUUUUCGCUUUGAUCAAGCGUGUUCUUCGCUACGUCAAGGGCACCCUCGGCCAUGGCCUCCAGCUCAUGCCAUCCGUCGCUGAUUCGAUGAUCACGUACAUGGAUGAGGAUUGGACCGGCUGCCCUGACACACGGCGUUCUACUUUGGGCUAUUGCAUCUUCCUCGGCGACAACUUGGUGUCUUGGUCCUCCAAGCGCCAACAUACCGUCUCCCGCUCCAGCGCUGAAGCGGAGUAUCGUGCCGUCGCCAACGCCGUCGCUGAGUCUACUUGGCUCCGACAACUCUUGGCGGAACUUCAUCAACCUCUUCCUCGGGCCACCGUCGUAUUUUGUUACAAUGUUAGCGCCGUCUGCAUGUCUACAAACCCGGUUCAGCAUCAGUGCACCAAGAACAUCGAGAUUGAUCUACACUUCGUUCGAGAUCGAGUGGCACUUGGUCAAGUGCGUGUUCUCCACGUACCAUCAUCGCGCAAAUUUGCUGAUAUCUUCACCAAGGGACUUGCGUCGCCAUUGUUUCUGGAUUUUCGGUCCAGUCUCAACGUCCGAUGUGUUCUGUUGUAG